UCCGUGUGCCAGAAAUACCCUGACCUUGGUUACGCACUUGGUCCGUUAAUAUCCAAACCUACGUGGCAACAAAACCACUCCAAAUCUAUCUACGUGUAACCCAUUUUUUAUUAAGAAAUAGAAAAAAAACCCUUACACCCUCUCUGUGCCCUAGCAGAGCUCCAUUGUUGUCACCAUUGCCAUUCCAAAUCGAAGAAGAAGACUAGAGCACUUCCAUUCCGCAACAGAGACAUUUCUCUAGUUUAAUCAAGUCGUUGUUUCACUACCCGCAGACCACCAUUGUCUGCAUCUCGCCGUCCACACUACCCGUAGCCCACCAUUGUUGUAUGCAUCUCGUUGUCCACUAUCCAUAAUUUUACCAUCGUUACUCCACAGAGAACAGAGGGAUGGCCAAUGUGCAUAUUACUCUGUGUAUUAAUCAUAGGGGGAGAUUUGAGCGAGGUCCAUGUGGGAAGCUUGGGUAUGUUGGUGGAGAAGUAACAGAGAUUGAGAGGGUUAAUGUGGAUAUUCUCAAUGAAUUUUUCAUAAAUGAUUUGCUAAGGGACAUUGGAUAUACAUCCAUUACUGAUUUUUAUUGGCUAGAACCUAGUAAGGAGCUUGAUAAUGGGUUGAAAUUGUUAAGGGUUGAUAUGGACAUAGUUAAGUUGUAUGAGACUGCUGUGAAGAAUGGUAACAGAAUUUACUUAUACACAGAGCACCCUAUAAAUGAUCCUGUUAUUGUUGAAGAGAAUAUUACUCCAUCAAAGGUGAGAUUGAAGACUUGUGCUAAGAGAAAUCCAACUCCAAAGAAGACUCCAAGAAGAAGACUUAUGGAUGGUGAGGUCCAGAAUAGGAAAGAGGUCCAUAAAGCAAGCAGCCAGAUUGAGGUUGAGUCCCAAAAGGAGGAUGUUGUUAAUGUGGCCCAACAAAUAUCUUCAGCAAAACAGAUGUCUCAGCCUCCCACAACACCUAUGCAACCAGAUGAGGCACCUUCCAAUCAAUCACAUCCUUCACAAAAUUCCAUUGAACAAGAGCAGCAACCAAUACAUACUGCUGGUUCAACAUCUCCAAGUGCAGUUUUUGUCUCAUUAUCUAGUGAGAAUGAGGCUCAAGCAGCUGAACAAGUAAUCCAAUACAUUCUACAGCCGUAUAGAAACCCACUUUCACAAUCAAACCCUGAAUCAGACCCAGUCCCACCAUCUGAUACUAACAGUACUCCUCAGAACAAUCAGACUAACACAGAUGAGCAGGUUGAGGGAAGACCUAAGGUGAGCAAGAGAAGAUCAGCAAAAAUGCCUCCCCCAACUGGACAAUUCUUCAUACCCAAUCCUGAUCCGGACAAGCUUCCAUCCAUCUAUGUGCCUGUUGAGUCAGAAGAAUUUUCAGAUGAAAAUGCUGGAUACCAUUGUUAUGAAUCCGAAGAAUUGAGAAGCAUAGCAAGUGAUGAAGAUGCUGAUCAGCCUCCAGUCUUUCCUCAAAGCAAUACUGAUGCUCCUGUUAGCCAAGUCCGGUUGGAGUUGGGGAUGGAGUUUGAAACUCUCAGCCAUUUCAGGAAGGCAGUUCGAAAGUUUAACAUCAACAUUGGAAUGAGCAUAUUCUUUUCUCGAUGUGACUCAACUAGAAGCAAAGCAAUUUGCUAUGAUGAGGAAUGCCCGUGGCAAAUAUAUUGUGCUAAGAGGUCAUUUCCCUUGAGUUAUCAGGUCAAGACGUUUGUCAAUGAACACACUUGCAGCAGAGAAACCAUUGUAAGUCAACUAACGGAAAAUGGAUUGUAGAUGAAGUAGAAGAGA